AUGGCUGAACGCAGUGCUCCCCUCCGCCUGGGAUCUACCGCCCCAGACUUCAAAGCCGUCACCACCAAGGGCGAGAUCAACUUCCACGAGUUCAUCGGUGACAGCUAUGUCAUCCUCUUCUCCCACCCGGACGACUUCACCCCAACCUGCACCACCGAACUUGGUGCCUGUGCCAAACUAGAGCCCGAGUUCACCAAGCGUAACGUCAAGCUUAUCGGUCUGUCUGCAAACAGCCUCAAGUCUCACCAUGACUGGAUCAAGGACAUCGACGAGGUCACUGGCUCGCACCUGCAGUUCCCCAUCAUUGCCGAUGCGGACCGCAAGAUCUCCUAUGCCUAUGACAUGAUCGACUACCAGGACACCACCAACGUCGACGAGAAGGGAAUGGCCAUGACCAUCCGUUCUGUCUUCAUCAUCGACCCCAAGAAGAAGAUCCGUCUGAUCAUGAGCUACCCAGCCACGACCGGCCGCAACACUGCCGAGGUCCUCCGCUGCAUCGACGCUCUGCAGACCACUGACAAGAACACCGUCAACACCGGUAUCAACUGGAACAAGGGCGAGGAUGUCAUCAUCCCCCCCUUCGUCAGCACCGAAGACGCCACCAAGAAGUUCGGCGACGUCAGAGUCGUCAAGCCAUACCUCCGAUACACCACCCUCAAGGAAUAA